AUGUAUUCUCUUUUAGGCGCUUACAGUAACGUUCUGCAUCUCGAGCCCCCCGCGAGCCGGACGGUCGAGGCACUCGAUCGGUUCAUCUCCAGCCCAGAACUUCACAGCAAAAAGCCCUGGCUUGGUCACCAGCUGAAGUACCGGACGGAGACAACAGACGAUAGAAUACCAUUCUCUGAUCUUGUUAGUCUCUACACUCCAGCUGAGAAUGAUUACCUAUCGAGGUUUGUCGACAAAUUCUUCUACGGUUUCUUCUUGACCCCAGAAUCAAGCCGCGACGCGAAGUACGUAAACGAACAGAAGAUGCAGCGUUUCGUCACCUUCGUCGGCACCGUCAUCUCGAUCGGCUUUCUAGUAGCCGCAAUGUGGGUCCUUUGGCGACUCGAAGACCACAUGAUACCCAAACUGGGUGCUGUGACUGGCUUCGUGGUGGCUUUCGCGGGCUGGUUAGGUUUCCUGACAACGGCGCAAAGGAAGGACGUCAUAGCUGCUACGGCUGCGUAUGCGGCCGUUCUGGUGGUGUUUGUUAGCCAGCAGAGUCCUGUCAGCGUAGUGACGCAAGGUACUGGCACUGUGGUGACGCAGAGUAGAUGA